CAAACCAUCUAGUACCAAUUAAAUUAAUUACAACUCUCUCUCUUUCUCUCUAGGCCUCUUUCUUAAAGUUUGUGAUCGGAUUAGCAGCAAUCCCAACAUGGCUAGCGCACCUACUCUAAAGCUGUUAUGCGCAUUUAUUCUGAGCAUAGUGGUGUUCGCACCACAUGCAGAGGCCGCCAUUAACUGUGGUCUGGUCUCUCAGAGCCUUGCAGCAUGCCUUGGAUUCCUAGAGAAUGGUCAGGGACCAAAUGCAGCUUGCUGCAACGGUGUUAAGACCCUCCGAAACUUGACUCCCACAACCCAGGACAAAAGAACUGCUUGUAGGUGCAUGAAAUCAGCCGCUUCAGCCAUUCCAGGCAUCAACCACAAGUACUCAGCUGCACUUCCCGGCAAAUGUGGGGUCAGCAUUCCAGGGCCUGUUGGCCCCCAGGCAGACUGCUCUCAGAUCCACUAGACCUGAAGUUUCCAGGAGGGGAACACUAGCAAAACAAAGAAUAGUUGGGUUCUGACUUCAUACAAGCAAAAUCUAUAGUAAAUUCCCAUGAAGUGCAUGCUUUCUGGAACUUUCUGCUUAUCAAGUUAUUAUUACAUAUAUACCAUGUGUGCUUCUUACAUCUAAAGUGACUUACAUAAUCUCCAAUUCCAUGUAAGAGAUAGCAAGGAAGAUUAAAUAUUGAAAUAAAAUAUCUUAUUUUUUUAA